UCCUAAAAAUUAAAUAAAAUAGUAAAAAAUGUCAAUAUACUAUUCUCUUAUUUCACGUGGAGCUACUGUUCUUGUUGAUUAUGCUGAAUGUUCAGGAAAUUUUCGACAAAUUGCAUUUGCAGUUCUUCAAAAAACUGAAGUAGAUAAAAAUACAAUGUGUUCCUAUUCAUCAGAGCAAUAUCUGUUUCAUCUAAUAAUUGAUGAUGGUUUGAUAUAUUUAUGCAUGGCAGACAAAGAUAUGGGAAAGAUUGUACCUUAUAACUACCUUAAUGAGAUAAAAUCUCGUUUUAAAUCAGGAUCCCUUAAAGACAGAGCAUUGCAUUGUGGACCUUAUGAGUUAAAGAGAGACUUUGCUGCUGUUCUUGCUCAACAAUUAAAACGCUUCAAUAAAGGGGAAUACCAACUUGAUAAUAUAAAAAGUCUUCAAAACAAUGUAAAUGAAGUAAAUUCCAUUAUGACUCAAAAUAUAGAAAAAGUUGUAGAAAGAGGUGAACGCUUAGAUGUGCUUGUAGGAAAAACUGAUGAAUUAUCAAGAUCGUCAGAAUCAUUUGGUAUUGUAUCUCGUCGUUUAAGGAACAAGCAUUGGUGGCAAAAUAAGAAAAUGUGUAUUGUUUUCUCAUCGGUUGCAGUCAUUGUUAUAGUUAUUAUUGUAAUUAUUGUUCUUUUCGAAACAAAAGUAUUGCGAACAUAGCGCGGCAUUUUUUUAAAAAUUUGAUAAUGGCUGCUUGUUUUCUUCUCCAAGUUUCACUGUAACUUUGCGUUUUUGUUUUUUUUAAUUCUUAAGCGCUGUAUAAAUAAUUUUCUUGCGACAAAAAUGUAAAAAAAAUAUUUUGAAUU